GUUGAAAUCGAUGUUGUGGACCCAGCUACUCAGAAGGUGCUCUCGAGAACGCCCAGGUGCUCUAUUGAGGAGCUGGAGAUGGCCGCUAAAACUGCCAGCGAGGCGUUCAGCUCGUGGAAGAGAGUACCUGUGUCGGUGCGCCAGAGGUAUAUGUUCAAGUAUGCUGAGCUCAUACGCAAGGACAUGGACAACCUGGCUCGUAUAGUGUCGGAUGAGUUGGGGAAGACUCUGGAGGAUGCUAAGGGAAGUGUCUUCCGAGGGCUUGAAGUCGUGGAGCAUAGUUGUUCAGUGCAGACAAUCAUGAUGGGUGAAACUGUGCAGGGUGUGGCCAACGGUGUUGAUACUUAUUCGUUCCGCGAGCCGCUUGGAGUGGUGGCGGGGAUAUGUCCUUUUAACUUUCCUGCUAUGAUACCUAUGUGGAUGUUCCCUUUGGCGGUUACCGCUGGAAACACGUUCAUUCUGAAGCCCAGUCCUCGUGUGCCAUUGACUUCAGUUCGCCUCAUGGAGCUGCUCAUGGAUACAGGUGGUGACCUACAGCUCCUCGUGAAACG